AUGUGCGAAUGGGCAAAUCAGAGUUCUGGCAUCUCCAUGUGGAAUUUGGCCGGUAUAUUACAUUCCAGGACAGCAAGUGGAGGUAACUGGUUGUGUGUACCGAGCCACAAACGUCUGGCAAUAACGCUGCAUUGGCUUGCCAACGGCAAUAGCUACUCGCAGCUAGCCCGUCAGCAUGGCAUUGCCAAGUCAACCGCUGUUAAGAUAGUCCAUGAAACUGUGCGUGCACUGAAGAUGCACAUGGUGCCGAAUUCCAUUCGCUUCCCAGAGGGACAAGAGCUGAAGAGAGUGAUGGCAGAAUUCGAGUCCCUAUCAUUCCUGGAAAGGUGUGCAGGAGCCGUGGAUGGAACAUUUGUUAAAAUUCGAAAGCCAAAGGCCAUGUUUGGUGACUGCUACUAUUGUUACAAGAAGUACUGCUCAAUUAUUUUAUUGGGCACUGUAGAUGCGUGCGGGAUGUUCAUCAACGUGAAUGCCGGAAGGCCUGGGUCUGCUGGGGAUGCCAGUGCGUAUGCCACAUCAACAAUGUUACGCAGGAUUUCCCAGCAAAAGUGGCUGACCAUACAAGACAACUUUCGAAUUGAAGGCACGUACAUACGGCCCUACCUUGUGGGAGACUCUGCAUUCCCCCUGUGUGCCACUCUAAUGAAGUGCUUUGAUGACUCAGCUGGACUUCAGCCACAUGAACGGACAUUCAACUACCGGCUUAUUCGGACAAGGUGUGUAGUGGAGCAGGCGUUUGGGCGACUCAAGGGUCGAUUCCGUGUGCUAGUCCACAAUAACCUCGACGAUCCCGACUUCGCUGCUGAUGUGGCCAUUGUCUGUUGCGGUCUGCACAACAUCUGCGAGAGAUGGAAGUGUCCUAUGGAACCGACUUGGCUAAUUAACACUGCCACGUACAAUCAGUUCCACCCAGGACCAAAUGACCAACCCCACGAUGACUACAACAAGCAGGUUGGACGGUGA